AUGGAUAUCUCUGACAAGCAAGCCAAAGUUUGGAAGGAGCCAGGCAUAAAAGGCUCAACGGGAUCGCGGAUUGCAAAAUUGUAUUGCUGUCCCGAGGAGGAGGAGGAGGAGCUUAUGGAUAGUGCUGGUCAGGUUUCGCAGCGUAAGAAGGAAGAGAGCAGAGAGGUUGCGGCGGCGAAGAACAUUGGGGGUAAAUAA